UUUGUUUUACGCACCAUACAACAAGAAGAAGUGCAGUUUUGUCGCUGUUAUGCUCCAAACAGCUGCCAAGUACAAGCUUUGGGGACGAGUUGAAAGCGCAAUGCAGACGUCGGAAGCAGACCUGUCUCAGCAGUCGCUGGUUUUCUUCGACUUGGAGACAAAUGGACUCGGCAAGAAGUGUGAGAUGGUCCAGUUGGCUGCGGUGAGCGGCGUUCGCUGUCUGAACCUGUACACGGUUCCUCGCUGUCCAAUGGAGCCGGGCGCCGCAAGGGUGACAGGCUUCAGGGUACGCCGACAGAAGCUCUACCUCCACCGACGGCCGGUCCCCACUAAGACCUUGCGGGAGGUGCUGGUGUCCUUCAUCACGUUCCUCCAAGAGCUCGGACGCCCUCUUCUGGUGGGACACAACAUCCGCCGUUUCGACUGCCGCCCGCUGGCCCGAGCGCUCGACGAGACGGACCUCAGAGCCCUGUUCGAAUCGUCCAUCUCGGGGUGUGUGGACACCCUGCCGCUGGCCCGGGAGGUGCUGAAGGAGUGUGGCCUGCAGAGCUUCAAACAGGAGCACCUGGUCAGGGAGCUGCUGGGCAUGCACUACAAGGCCCAUGAUGCUUUGGAGGACGUUCGAGCCUUACAGACACUCUACCACGUGCUCCAUCCCUCGCCCGAGGUGGUCAGCCGCCACUUGUUCAGUCUGAGUGUUGCAAAGGAGACCACCCCGGAGGUGGACAGCACUCCCAAAGGGAUCCAUCUACUGCCAGGACAGCGCCUCCUGUGGCAGCACAUGGAACAGCCAGUGAAAGACAAAGCUGUGGAGCAAGACACGCCUUAAUAUUUGAAUUAUUUACAUUUUUUUAAACUAUUGUCAAUCUAGCUAUGCUCGUUGUCCACAGAUGUUUUAAUUUCAUUUUCUGAACUCAUCUCUUAUUCAGAAAAACAUACA